UAUAGCCUAUUUGGGAGCGACCAAUUUUAGUUUUCUUAUUAAUCUCAAAGUGUAAYACGUAAUUGUUCAACCCUGGAGCUGUUGAAUAGAAUGGCCUCAGGUGGCGGGGAUGGCCCGGGGAAGGUUACCCAGUACCGGGUGGACCACCUCCUCACUGCCGUGGAGAACGAGCUACAGGCGGGCAGCGAGAAGGGCGAUCCUACGGAGAGACAACUCAAAGUCGGCUUGGAUGAAAACGAACUGUGGCAGAAGUUCAAGGAACUCACGAAUGAAAUGAUAGUAACCAAAAAUGGCAGGCGCAUGUUUCCGGUGCUGAAAGUGAAUGUUUCUGGGUUGGAUCCAAACGCCAUGUACUCGUUCCUGCUGGACUUCGUGGCUGCGGACAACCACCGGUGGAAAUACGUUAACGGGGAGUGGGUUCCCGGGGGUAAGCCCGAGCCUCAAGCCCCGAGCUGCGUAUACAUCCACCCGGACUCGCCUAACUUCGGAGCGCGCUGGAUGAAAGAUCCGGUCUCUUUCUGUAAAGUCAAACUCACCAACAAACUCAAUGGAGGAGGCCAGAUCAUGUUAAAUUCGUUGCACAAAUAUGAGCCACGUGUCCAUAUUGUGCGCGUCGGAGGGCCGCAGAGAAUGAUCACGAGUCACUCCUUCCCGGAGACGCAGUUCAUAGCCGUCACCGCCUACCAGAACGAAGAGAUAACCGGUCUGAAAAUCAAAUACAACCCGUUUGCCAAGGCCUUUCUGGAUGCUAAGGAAAGAUUGGGUUCCAUAGACAUGGGUCUGAUUGAACUACAUUGUUGUGUCUACUGGAGUGUGUUCCUGAUUGGGAUUAACUUUGUGGUCUACUGGUGGAUCGGGAAGCCAGUGUGUGACUACAUAGACGUGGCUCUGAUUGGAGACUACAUUGCUGGUUACUCUGAUAUGUCCUCUGGCUGUCUCUCCAUGCUGCCCUCCCAUGACAACUGGUCCAGUCUUCAGAUGUCUUCCCACUCCACCAUGCUGCCCGUGACCCACUGUAGCGUCACUGGGACCAACUCCAGCCAGUACCCCAGCCUGUGGUCCGUCAGUAACCCGUCCCUGACCCCUGUCUCCCAGUCGGGGGAGAUGUCCAACAGCCUAGGCUCCCAGUUCCUGCGAGGCACCAGUAGUAGCCACUAUCCUGGGCUGUCUCACUCCGUCACAGCGCCACCUGGUGGAUCCCCGCUGUAUGACUGCAGCACGGCCACAGAGGUGCACGAUAAUACGAUACUAUCGCAUUAUGAUACGUCACCGCACAGUCACACGCGACUGACUACAGUAUGGACUCCUGUUACACCUCCUUCCAUGUAGGGGGAGAGAGAGACACACAGAUAUGCAGGCGGGCAGGGCAGGGCAGGGCAGGGCA